CUUGAAGUUCGGGAACGUUCAACAAACGCCACAUUUGGCAUUUUUCAGGGUGGACGAUGCAAGCUCGCCAGGGUUCCCGCUUGAUCCGGUCGCUGCACUACGAGUCGUACUUUACGGCCAAGUCGCUGCGUCGGCAGCCGUCGGCGAUCCGGUCGCUGCAGCCCAUGGUCUCGUUGCCUGGCAUGAUCUCCUUGGGCGGCGGCAUGCCCAACCCGUCGACCUUUCCGUUCGAGUCCAUGUCGGUCAAGCUCAAGUCGGGCGAGACCAUGGAUCUCCGUGGCCCCGUGCUCGAGGCGGCGCUGCAGUACUCGCCGACGCCCGGUAUUCCGGAGCUCGUCAAGACGAUCUCGGGCAUGAUGGAGCAGGAGCAUGCGCCGCCUGGGCCGGCCCGUGUCCUCUCGGUGACGACGGGCAGCCAAGACGCGCUUUACAAGGCGUUUGAGAUGCUCCUCGCCGAAGACGACGCGCUUCUCAUUGAGAAGCCGACGUACUCGGGCACGCUCGCGCACCUGCACGCGGUCAACUGCGACCUCGUGUGCAUCGACACGGACCGUGAGGGCCUCGUGCCGGACCAUCUGGCCGCGACGCUCGACAACUGGCCGGCGUCCAAGAAGAAGCCCAAGGUGCUCUACACCAUCCCAACGGGCGGCAACCCCACUGGCGUCAGCAUGUCCUAUGCGCGCAAGCAGCGCGUGUACGAGAUUGCGCAACAGCACGGCCUCAUCAUCCUCGAGGACGACCCGUACUACUACCUCAAGCUCGACGGUCCGCGUGUCAAGUCCUUCUUGUCGAUGGACGUGGAUGGCCGCGUGCUCCGAUUUGAUUCGUUCUCCAAGAUCCUCUCGUCUGGCCUUCGCGUUGGCACUGUGUAUGGCCCGGCGCCGCUUGUUGACCGCCUCAACCUCCACACGCAGUCGGCCAACCUCCACAGCAGCGGCCUCUCGCAGGCCGUCGUCCUCGCGCUCCUCAAGCAAUGGGGCCAUGCCGGCUGGGAAGCGCACCUCAACAUGGUCUGUGACUUUUACCGCGGACAGCGCGACGCGUUUCUCAAGGCGCUUGACAAGCACUUGACGGGCCUCGCGACGUGGCACGCGCCGGACGCUGGCAUGUUUGUCUGGAUCGAACUGCACGGCGUGAAGGACUCCAAGGCGCUCAUUGAGCAAAAGGCCGUUGCCGCCAAGGUUCUCCUCGUGCCCGGCCAGGUGUUCCUUCCGGACAACCAAGUCACGUCGUAUGUGCGUGCGGCCUACUCGACCGCGUCGCACGAGGAGAUGGAUCUCGCCGUCAGCGCCUCGCUGCCCUGCUCAAAGAAGAAGCCAAGUAGAGUACCAUAUAGAAGCGGGCUACGUGUAUAGUUGCAUGUGUAGCGACGGACUGCUCAAUGUACUGCAUCUGUUGUCCAUGGUUACGGGCGUUCGCCGAGGCUGGCAGGAGCAA